GUGAAGCUCUGGAGCAAGUACAAAGUGACCAAUAUCCCCUCAUUGAUAUUCAUAGAAGGCAGCACAGGGAAGAUCAUCAGCCGAAAUGGGCAGCUAAUCAUCAGGGAUGAUCCUGAUGGGUCUGAGUUUCCGUGGGGGCCCAAGUCCUUCGGGGAGGUCAUGGCAGGUUCCCUGAGCAAGAACAACGGUCAGACGGUGGACAGCAGUGCUCUGGAGGGGUCUUAUGUAGGAGUCUACUUCUCUGCACAUUGGUGCCCUCCUUGCCGAAGCCUCACCCGCGUUUUAGUGGAGACGUAUCGAAAAAUCAAAGAGUCUGGGCAGAAGUUUGAGAUUGUUUUCGUCAGCGCUGACAGGUCAGAAGAUUCCUUUAAGCAGUAUUUCAGUGAGAUGCCCUGGGUAGCUGUACCAUACACUGAUGAAGCCAGAAGGUCACGGGUCAACCGGCUUUAUGGCAUACAAGGCAUUCCAACGCUUAUUAUCCUAGAUCAGGAGGGGAAGAUAAUUACUCGCCAGGGAAGACCAGCGGUGCUGAAUGACAUUGAUUGUAUAGAAUUUCCGUGGCAUCCCAAGCCUGUGUUAGAACUUAUAGAAUCCAACGCCAUGCAGCUCAAUGAAGGGCCCUGUCUCGUUCUCUUUGUGGAUUCUGAAGAGGAAGAACUAGAACCAGCCAAACAAUUGAUACAGCCAAUAGCGGAGAAGAUUCUAUCAGAACACAAAGCGAAAGAUGAGGACCCACCAUUACUGUUCUUCGUGGCCGGCGAGGACGACAUGACAGAAUCGUUACGGGAUUUCACGAACCUGCCCGAGUCUGCGCCGUUACUUACCAUUCUGGACAUAUCGAGGCGAGCCAAGUACGUGAAAGACGUAGAGGAGAUCACACCGGCCAUCGUGGAAGAGUUCGUAAAAGCUUUCCUGAAGGAAAAGCUAAAGCCGGAGCCUAUCUGAAGACAGAAAUAUUUAUAACCGCGUCCUGAUGCUCAAUCCAGACUUCUAUUUAAAAAAAAUACACAAAAAAAAGUCUUUCCUCUAAGUGUUGAAUUUCUAUGUGUUCUAACAUUACCUGGUCUUAACCACGUGCGGGUAGGAGGCUGCCGGGAAUUGUUUGGUCCCGGCCGGUCAGGACGUGGGAUUGUCCUGCGACAACAGAAUCCAGUCGGUGACUAGACGUUGGUUCUGAAUCCGAGCGUCAGCCUGUUCCGUGUCUCCAAAGAAACCAUUGGCAUUUUGCUCCUGCCUUGUCCCUACCUUCUUCUACACAAGGGUCCUCACCACAGCCCAACCCUCUGCUGUUUUUGGUAACACUCAUAGUACCAAGGCUUAAUUCCAACACGCUUAUCAAAGAAUUGUUUGGAGUUCCUCUAUUGGCUUUCCCUUCAGUUGGUUCCUAUAGGUGAUUUUAAGCUAACACUUUUUUUCUAUUGCCCUUUUUGGGGAACUGGAUCCUGUCUAUAGUGCUUUAAGUUAUUGCAAGUUAAGACUAAUAAACAUGGCAGUAGUAGCACAGAAA